AUGCGCUCGACCGCCCUGUCGGCUCAGGAGUCCACACCGGCGAAGCUGUCCUCUGAGCGGCUUCACCUUCAGCCAUCUUAACCAUGCUGGGUACCGUAGGACGCUGUUGUAACGGGGCUUUGCAGGCUUUUAAGCCCGGAGUCAACGCACUGAAGACAUUCGGUGGUCGUCAUGUGAGCCUAAAUAUGGGUAGGGGCUAUGCAACCCCUGCUGCUCAGGCAGCUCUAGGCAAUGGACGCAUCACGGCUGUAAUCGGUGCUGUUGUGGACGUCCAGUUUGACGAAGGCUUGCCCCCCAUCCUCAAUGCACUGGAAGUGACAGGCCGUGAGAGCAGGCUGGUGCUUGAGGUGGCACAGCAUCUUGGGGAAAACACAGUCAGAACAAUUGCCAUGGAUGGCACAGAGGGUCUUAUCCGUGGACAGAAGGUUCUUGACACCGGGGCACCGAUUAGAAUCCCUGUGGGGCCGGAGACUUUGGGUAGGAUCAUGAAUGUCAUUGGCGAACCCAUUGAUGAACGUGGACCAAUUAGCACAAAACAGACUGCUCCUAUCCAUGCUGAAGCCCCUGAGUUCACCGACAUGAGUGUGGAGCAAGAAAUCUUAGUCACUGGAAUCAAAGUGGUAGAUCUUCUUGCACCUUAUGCUAAGGGUGGAAAAAUUGGUCUGUUUGGUGGCGCUGGUGUUGGUAAGACUGUUCUGAUCAUGGAGUUGAUCAACAACGUGGCCAAAGCUCACGGUGGCUACUCAGUGUUCGCCGGAGUCGGAGAGCGUACCCGCGAGGGUAAUGACUUGUACAAUGAAAUGAUUGAGUCUGGAGUCAUUAACCUGAAGGACACCACCUCAAAGGUAGCACUGGUGUACGGUCAGAUGAACGAACCUCCAGGCGCUCGUGCCAGAGUCGCUCUUACUGGACUAACUGUCGCUGAAUAUUUCCGUGAUCAAGAAGGACAGGAUGUGCUUCUCUUCAUUGACAACAUCUUUAGGUUUACCCAAGCUGGCUCAGAGGUGUCUGCCCUGUUGGGUCGUAUCCCCUCUGCUGUGGGAUACCAGCCUACCUUGGCUACUGAUAUGGGUACCAUGCAGGAACGAAUCACAACCACCAAGAAAGGUUCUAUCACCUCAGUGCAAGCAAUUUAUGUGCCCGCCGACGACUUGACCGACCCCGCUCCUGCUACAACCUUCGCUCACUUGGACGCCACCACCGUGCUGUCCCGUGCCAUUGCCGAGCUUGGAAUUUACCCCGCCGUGGACCCUCUGGAUUCCACUUCCCGAAUCAUGGACCCUAACAUCGUGGGCUCUGAACAUUAUGAUGUUGCCCGAGGUGUACAGAAGAUUCUCCAGGACUACAAGUCAUUACAAGACAUCAUCGCUAUUCUGGGUAUGGAUGAAUUAUCUGAGGAAGACAAGCUAACAGUAGCUCGGGCUCGUAAGAUCCAGCGUUUCCUGUCCCAGCCUUUCCAGGUGGCUGAGGUUUUCACUGGCCACAUGGGGAAGCUGGUCCCUCUCAAGGAAACAAUCAAAGGAUUCCAGAGCAUUCUAGCAGGUGAAUACGAUGCCUUGCCUGAGCAGGCUUUUUACAUGGUGGGUCCCAUUGAAGAAGUGGUCCAAAAGGCAGAGAAACUGGCAGAAGAACACUCUUAAACAACAAUGUAUGGAAGGUUCUCUGAUUUGUACAGUAUGAUUUCUAUUUGAGGAACCCCAGUCGUGCCACGCUAAGUAUGUUGUGCUUUGCUUGUAUUACUCUGGAAAGCUUCAAAUGAGAUUAAAGAUGACAUUUUGAU